GCUCGUUCUUGUUUCCGUUCCGUUGAAGGCCUGCUGUCUGUUGGUCGAUUCUUAGAUAGCGAUGGCGGCCAAUUUUAAUGAGACCUUCCUCGAGAGCUUGUCUGAUGCUGACUUGAUGUUAAUGUGCGCGUUUAACUCGACUAUUGACCCGAAUUGUUUGUGUUUGCUUUCUGGUGGGGGACCUGAAAUGAACACGGACAUCGGUGGUCCUGGAGUACGCAUUUCCUUCUACCUGCAAGCUCUCUUCCUAGCUCUCCUUGCUGCGCGCUCAGGAUCACUCGAAGAGAUCUCAGGCGCACUAUACACGUUAAUAGCGACGAACGUCUCAAUGGCUAUAACAUCUCUCAUCCUAGGCUUCCAAGCUCAACGCGGGAUCAGUUUACAAGACGCUAUCGUCGUCUUCUACCUCCUCGCCGGUUCCUGGCUCGCGAUUUUCCUCUCCCUCCCCUCCUAUAAUCGAUUCGUCAAGAGCGAUACGACGUUACAAGUUUUAACGAUUCUACAUUCGUAUAUCGUUUUUGCGUUUAUCAUUGCGGUGCUGAUUACAGCGAGGACGUUUGGCUCGACUCCGAGGUGUAAUCCCCAUGCUGUUGGGGUGAUUUUUAGUCAUUUUCCGGCGUUGCCGAAGGGAAGGGUCGUUGCGAUUGUGUUUGCGUGUUGUGUUACGUGUGUUUAUACGGUUUUGAGUGUUGUGGAUUAUUAUAAGGUUUUUAGGAGGAGGGAGAGGAGGAGGGUGGAGAAGGAGAAAGAGAAGGAGAAAGAGGCGAGGGAGGAGGCGAAAUUGAAGAAUGCGGUUGCGGGGGAGGAGGUGACGGAUGAAAGGGAUACCAGUAAUCCUGGGAUGAUUGUUGCGAGGACGAGUCAACUCCUUCCUCCUGAUUUGGAAUGUGGUGUCGUUAAUCUGGGACCGUCAAUCUCGGCGUCGGCGUCAUCGUCUGAUGCUACCGCUGCAAGUUCUACUCGGGGACGAAACCCCGGCACUCGACAGAGGAAUAGUAGGAGGAGGAGAGGAGCCAAAGAACGACACUACGCGAACUCAUCAACCUCAGAAUCAAACCACCCUCCUUCUGAAGAACAGCAACAAGCCUUCGUCACAGGUGUUCAAGGUAGCCUCGUAAUCGAGAUAAUCGUAAUCGUAGUCCUCUGGAUGUUAUUCGUUCUCAACACUGAACUCGUCAUCAAGUAUAAUCAUUUCAAUAGUGGAGAAGAUGGGGAUGGUGGGGACGACGUGUGGGGAUUUGGUCAGAUCUUACCUAUGUUUCUUGUGUUGCUUCCUUUUGUCCAAUUGGUGAAGGCUUUUAGGAAGUGGAAGUUUGGGAAGAGGGAUCAUAGGACGAGGAAGCACAGGAAACCGAGGGUGUUACAUGGACAUGGACAUGGACACGGGCAUGGACAUCAUCACCUUCAUUCCCAUCAUUCUCAUCCUCAUCACUAUCAGCAUGGAACCGGACAUGGACAUAGACACGGACAUACGCACCACACCCCAGGGAUGGGAUUCUUCCCCUCCGCUUUUCCAUUCUUCCACCACGCUACUGGUCCUGCGAACAACCCACUUGGAAACCAACCUUCUGCGCGGAUUUCUUUGAAUUCUGUGCAUUCGAGUUCGCAGCUGGGUCAGGAUCGGCGUGAGGAUCGAACUGGUUCGCGUGGAAGCUUGGAUUUGAGUGUGGUAGGGUCUCCUGCUGUAGCUGGCGCACCGUCGAUUAAUUCCUCCUCCUCGUCUUCCUCGUCAUCUUCUGGUGACGACCCGACUGGCAAGUCGAUUAGCUCGUCGUUGUCGUCUUCGUCUUCCAGUGAGGUUCCGACUGGUAGCGGAUCGAGUGUUCAGGAAGAAGACAUCACCUAUUACUGAAGCUAUCAUAGGUCGACUGGACGACAUUCUGAGGGUUUUCAAGCUUUCGAGGCUUGACAGUUCCCAACGACGUUAUGUAUCACGAUUUUUUCCUUGCGAUAUCACUGUAUUUUGUUGCAUUUGUAUGUAUACCUAUUUUUGGCUCCUGUCGUCAUUGCCUAUCCUCACUUUUGUUUGUUUGCUAUACUACUGUUACUAUCCUACAAUUCUCACGACAUAUGUAGAUCUACUGUAUUCUUGUACUUG